CACACACAUUCAUUCUUUAUCAUUCACCAACUCUCGCACCAACAUUCAGCGUCUGCUGUAAAGUACAUUUGAGCAUUGUUAGCUUUAGACAUUGGCACAGCGUCCUGUUUGCUAUUGCACAGUCACUAAUUUGCAGUUGUACACACAAAAUGGCCCAAGGGGCAGUCGCAAUGGCUCCGACAUCUAACGGGGUCUCUCUAACAGCAGAGGAGCUUCGUGAAAUAUUGGAGUACGAUAAAAUUGUGCAGUUUCGAGAUGCUAUUUUCGCAGGGACGCAUCCUCGGAUAAAAAUACCUGCGCAUCUAGCUGGCAAGCAGAUUCACUCGACGCGCCAGAUAUCUUCCCCGAGUUCCUUCACACCCCGAACAAACCUGCCUGCGCAAUUGGCACAUUCGACGAUGAGCACUCGCACCGAAGAGGCGUCGUCUUCCUUCAACAAAUCUCCCAAUUACCAACGUGCUAGAGGUGCUGCGACAAUGUCUUCGAAGUCAGAGAUUAAUCCUGUCUUGUUGGAAAAAUCUGAUGAUCUUAUCAAGGCUGAGAUACAACUACAAAGACAAAGAUUAGAGCGUGGGUUGAGAGAGCAGAUCGAAAAGCAGCGUCUUGAGGCAAAAGCUUUGCUUCAAACGUCUGAGUCUCUUCCUAACUUUGAUCUUUCCGAAGUUUUGUCAAAAGCUCUUGAAAUCGUACAUCCAUCCACUGCCACAGAAGCUGAACCUUCUGCGGCUGCCCGCUCUUCUGCUAGCGAUUCUUUUGAUGAGAACACUUUCUAUUCAAGUCAGCAUGAUACACCUAUUCCAUCUUCAUCCCCUCGGGAGCAGACAGACUCCGGUAUUUUGCAAUCACAGAGUGCGACGUUGGCUGAUGAGCAUACCAAUGAACUUAUAUCUGCUCAAACCCAAGUCAAGAACCGAGAAGUGGUCAUGACUGGUACUUCGCUAUCCAAUGAUAACCACCUAGCAGCACCAGGUCGUCAUUAUGAGCCGCAUUCACAGAAUUUGGUAGACAGCGCAAGCCUUCAUGAUUCUCGCGUCGAAACCAGUAACUCUGAUUCUAGCAGUUCCCGUGGAGCUGGUGCCUCAAGAGCAGCUCACGGAAAAAAUACGAAUCCAGAUCCCCUCCGACAAGCUUUCGACGAUGUAGUCAUGUCGCCCGUAAUGCGAGCUCACAAUCUAUCUCCCCUUGCUCCACAACCUUCUCGAGUUUCUCCACUUGCUACCGCUAGAGGCCCUCCUGUUCUUCGAGAAGCUGCCGCGGUUGAAGAAGUACAUGCUCCUCAAGUCACAGCCUUACGCACACAGAUUACGGGUAUAUCCAGCACAGACAGUUCUCCGAAGGGCACGAAAGGACCAGAGAAGAAAAAGGACAAGAAGAAGAAAGGCAAACGCAAGGCUAAGGAUAGUGCUGACGCUCCCGAUUCUCCUUAUAUAAAACCAGAACCUCGAUCGCCGUCACCCUAUGGAGUGGUUCCACUGCCUCGUCCACAGAAAAGACAGCGUCAGGCAGGUCAAUAUGCUGCAGAACUGAAUUACGACGAGCCUAGAUACGAAGGGGAGACUGGGAGAGUUGCUGAGCCAUAUAAAGAAGUUCCACUUCGCCGAGAGUACGAACGAGUUGAGGAACACUACGAGCCGGAAGUUCGUCGCCCAGAGCCUGUCUAUCGCCGUGUUGAGAGAGAAGACGAUGGUUACAGGCGAGUUGAACCCCCUGAAGAUGAGUAUCGACGCAUUGAGGGAACUCAGUAUGCAAGACGCCCGCAGUCUCCUGUCUAUGCUCUCCCGUAUGCACCAGCAGAGAUGCGACCAGUCAGAGCAGCUUCUCAUGCUAUUACCGAGCGAAGAGUCUAUGAGGAGCCACGUUACUAUCGUGAACCUCCUGUUAGAGCAAGCGUUCGCCCUGAAGCUGACCGCGAACGAUCAAGAUCUCCCGUCCUUCGAGAGAGAAGAUCACCAAUCAUGCGUCCACCUCCGCAACCUCUGCGACUUGUUAUCGAUGAAUAUGGCCACAAGUUCUAUGAACCAAUCCCCACCAGUUCUGUACGGCAAUCAGUCGCGCCUCCGAUCAGAUAUCGUGAGCCAGAAGUGGUCUAUGAAAGAGCCCCUACCCGAGCCGUCUCUGGUAGAACUCCUACUGAAGUCUACGAAGAUGAUGCUGUGGUCUACCGCAGACCAUCCCCUUCAGUUGCAGCCCCACGACGUGUAGUUACCCAACCGGAAUACGCAAUGCCGCCGCAGCCAGAAUAUCGCGAGUAUCGCCAGAGAGAGUACUCUGUCCGACCAUCUACAAUGGCACCUCCAGAAGGACGGAUAAUGGUACCUCCCGGAGAAGACUAUGUGCCACUCAGAGGGCCAGCAACACGCCAGAUGAGCCACUUUGAGGAAGCGCCUCGAGAAUACAUACGAAGAGCCGCAAGUGUACGACCAGAAGCUGUACGAUACGAACUUCCUAGAGAAUAUGUUGGAAGGAUGCAGAGUGUCCGCCCGACGGAGGUGCCUGCUAGGGAGUACGCUGGAAGUGUACGCCCUGAAGCUCGCAGAGAAGUUGUUCCUCAAGCACAGCGAGAAUUCAGUGUCAGACCUGUUGAUGCCAUGCCUCGUAGAGAGCCGAUGGUAGGUCCAGAGGGUGAGAGAUACUACGAAGAGAUUCCUAGUCGGAGACCAGCUGAGAUCGCUUUCAUUGAGAGACCAAGAGCUAGAGAAGCUUCUGUGCUCGUCUACACCGAUGAUGUGAGGAGGGAAGCUUACAGAUAGGAGGAAAUUCAAGAAUGACACUCCCUUGUGACCACCUACCUUCUGGUGUCUCGUUUUGGUACAAUUUGCACUUAUCAGAUUUUCAGAUUUUCAGACAGUCAGACACAAAGCUGGGUAUAUGUGGAUCCACACGUGCAUCUUGAGAUGUGACAGAUCAUGUGGUCGGCGUGUAUGAAAUUGUAGAAUAGCACAGCGAGGAUUUUAGUAAUAAAAAUUGUAAUAAUAUCUGGCACUGAUCAUUAAUUCUCCAACUCUAGGACUAACUUACCAAAAAAAUGUCAGGUUAAACGUCACCCCAUCCAUUCCUACCAGUGACAGCCGAACCAAAUAGGCAACUCGAAUUUCUGGAGCCGAAUUUAGGUCUGCCAAAG